UUUGGCCAACCAAAACUCUCACAACUCACUCUCUGCACUCUCUCUUUUUCUUUCAAGAUAAAACACACAAGACUGACAAAACUCGCUCCAUUCUCUCGGUUCUCUCCACUUCUCCCCUCAACUCACAGACACUAAAAAAGAAAUUCUCACUCAACUUUCGGCCUCUCCUCUCUUUCUCAAUUUCUCACACACUACACACAUUCUCCUCAACUCCCCCAAAAAUCUCUUCGUCUUUCUCUUAAUAGCACACAACAAUCGUACACACAUACAACUCCCUAUCUCAGCUCUCUUGCUCUCUGUCUCUCAAAAAAAAAAAAAAAAAAAAAGGGCAGAAGAACAAGGAAGAUUUGUUACUGCUGUUGAAGUCGCCAUUGUCGGAGUAUGGUCACGGGCUUCUUCAAUAAAUUUGCACACUAGAAUUCAAAGGCUAUUAAGCCAGUUAAGUUGCUGCUAUUCCUCCACUUUCCAAUUGCUCUCUGAAAUCCAUCAGUCGUUUGAACUCAAAACAAGCCUGGCCAGAUGUCAGAAAGCAGAGGUGAACCCAAGGAAAGAAUAGAUGUUGUUGAUGCUGGUCCUGUUGAAUAUGACAAUACAGAGUUGCAUCAGCAAGCUGCUCAGUAUCCUCGCCCAAAUAAGUUAAAAAGCAUGCAGGAAAUUUAUGCUAAAACUAACCUCAUAUGUCAACAUUUUCAGCCUGGCCAGAUGUCAGAAAGCAGAGGUGAACCCAAGGAAAUAACAGAUGUUGUUGAUACUGAUCAUGAAGAAGGUGUGACCUCCAGACACCCAAGAAAGAACCAAAUCAAGUCAUAUCACUAUUCAACGAGAAAUAGAAAAAGCAAAGCUUUAAUUGAUACAGCUGAUUCUGAUGUUAGCCCCCCACUCCAAGUUUGUGGGAAACUUCAGGGACCAGUAGAGUCUGAUCAUUCAAGUGCUGAAGAAGAAAUUAAAAUUGUUGGAGAGUCUUUUAUUGAGGACGACUUCAAUGCCUAUCCUCUUCGAACUAGAAGCAGGAGAAGCAGAAGAAUGGUCAAUAGAAGUGGUUCUGAAGUUACUAUUCCAAGAAAAAGAGUUCGACGGCAACCAAGGAGACCCCUGAAUUUCAGCACUUCAAUCACAUCGGAAGGAGUUUUAAGCUCCAGGCAGUUUUAUCGCUACAUGGACCACAUAUGGAGUGAGGUUUCUGCAGAGAAGCAAAACUCAAUUGCAUACAUGGAUUGCUUGUGGUUUAACACAUACGCAGAAAGUAAAUGGAAGGAAAAGGUGUUAAAAUGGAUAGAGAGGGAAGAUAUAUUUUCAAAAAAAUAUGUUCUGGUUCCCAUUGUUCUGUGGUCUCAUUGGAAUCUCCUGAUCUUCUGCCAUUUCGGUGAAAGCCUGAAAUCAGAAAGCAUAACUCCCUGCAUGAUAUUGUUGGAUUCGCUGCACAUGGCAGAUCCUAAGAGGCUUGAACCUUUAAUUAGAAAGUUUGUUAUGGACAUAUAUAAAAAUGAGAAGAGGCCAGAAACCAAAGAAUUGAUUCGUAAAAUUCCUCUUUUGGUUCCUAGUAUUCCUCAGCAGAUAGAUGAUAAAAAAUGCGGGUAUUUUGUCCUUUACUAUAUUUAUUUGUUCAUAAAGAAUGCUCCUGAGAAGUUUGGCAUUGACGAGGGCUACCCUUACUUUAUGACAGAAGACUGGUUCACUCUUGAAGAGCUCGAUGGCUUCUGUAGAACACUCGAAUCAGUUCGGGUCGACACUACUAGCUCAGAUGAAUAGAUUGUACAGGUUUAUUGUGUAGCAGUCUGUAAUAUAGGUUGCAUCCAGGACUCUUGAAGAAGUAGCAGUGUAAGCAGAAAAAACAAUGGUUGUGAUUAGUGAUAAUCAACAAAGGGCCUCUUCGGGGCUACAUGUUAUGAGCGGCAAACUUGAUUGUUACAUUCUGGAAACUCAUUUCAGUUUUCGCUUGGGUUCUUUCUUUUAAACAGAAAAUAGGUUUUUUGUUUUUCUUGUGCUUAAUAAACCUGUAUUGUCAAGUUUUCUUUGUACUUAAUCAACUGUUGAUAAGUUUUCUUGUACUCAUUUCAGAUUUCUUUGUACAAGUUUUCAGAUUUCUUGUACUCAUUUCUUUGUAAUUAAUCAACUAUUGACAAAUUUUCUUUGUACUUAAUCAACCAUUGAUAAGUUUUCUUG